AUGAGCGAAAAAGAAGGUAAAAUAUAGUGUUUUUGAAUAUUUUAAAUGGUUUCUUUCGCCGCGUAAUAUUCUUACAUUUCAGAAUUAUGCAGCAAUCGCCAGUUUGGAAAAACAGCUAGCGGAACAAUCAGCGAAUUUCGAGAAAUGGAAAAUUGAGAACAGGUAGGUACUUUUGUGGAUAUUUAUUUAGAUUCGUGAUUGUCAUGAAACUUUCAAAAUUGAAUAUGAUUUCAGCCGUCAACGUGGCACACCAUCUUACAAUGAUUAUAUUGUGAAAUUUGGUGAUUGGGAAAGAGAAAUCCGCGCCAAAAUCGCGGAACAUCAAGGACAUCUUCCAGAAAGUGGUCCGAAAAAUGUUGAUUCGAUUCUUGACGAUCUUUUAGACAAUGUUGGAAUAUACGAAUUUAUGUUUGCAUUGGCAAACAUACACAUGAAUGACAAAACAUUCAUCCCAAGUUUUGUACAAGAAUUCCAGAAAAAUAAACGAAUUGCAGCUGGAACUGAACCAUCUCUUGUUGUUCCAGCAGCACAAUUUUAUCCUACACACAGUAAGAUUAUUCAAGUUGCGAAACUUCAAAUUAUUGAUUUGAUUUCAGGUGCUACUCCAUACAGCUAUACUGCUCCACCUCAACAAUCAGCCACAACAAUGCAUUCAUGGAGUCGACCAGCACAAAUGCCAAUACAACGUAGUACUGUUUCACCAAUUCGCGAUUUCCAGAAGAAAAAUACUGGUGGUGCACCAUUCCGUGACUUUAGUGUUUGA